UCAGAAAACAAACAAAUGGAAAAAAGAAAAUUGGGCGUCACGUCGGGAUUUCGACAAACGGCCAACCAACUCUACGGCUACGGUGCCACAGCGACAACGACAUCGGCUUCCCGUUCCCUAACUGACUCGUAUCUCACCGACUCAGUCUUGACCCGAUACUCAGGCACUGGGUCAGACCCUCUAUCUUCGGAUUCUUCGAAGUACUCGGUCAGUUCCUCCAUGUAUCUUAAACAGAGCGAUACCGCACUCAGAUACUCGGUCGACAGAGGCAUUGCCUCAGCUUCUGCUGCUGCAACUUCUCCACAUUUUUCGUCUUGGACACCGCCGCCUGGUGUUGAUGUUCCUCCCGCCGUUGAAUCGCUUGUUCCUGGCCUUAAACGCACUCCUGAAGUGCUCUAUCAUCCGACUCUUUUGGGUGCCCAUAGCACAAUUGGGCAAAGUGAAGAUUGGUAUUCUACCAAUUCUUUAGCCAAGCGUGUUAGAUUCGAGACUACAAGUCAUUUUCCUAUAUAUCCACAGAGACCAGGGGAGAAGGAUUGUGCCCACUAUAUGCUCACCCGAACCUGUAAAUUUGGAGAUACCUGCAAGUUUGACCAUCCUGUUUGGGUUCCUGAGGGUGGAAUCCCAGAUUGGAAAGAGGUUCCCCUCAUUGCUACAAGCGAAACUUUUCCUGAGAGACCAGGAGAACCUGAUUGUCCUUACUUUCUGAAAACUCAAAGGUGCAAGUAUGGUUUGAACUGCAAGUUUAAUCAUCCCAAAGAAAAGUUGUCAUUGGGUGAUUCAGAGAACUCCAGUGUUUCUGCUUUGCCGGAGAGGCCUUCUGAGCCCCCAUGUGCAUUCUACAUGAAGACUGGGAAAUGCAAAUUCGGUGCAAGCUGCAAAUUCCAUCAUCCAAAAGAUAUCCAGAUACCCUUGUCAGGACUAGGGAAUGAUAAUGGAGUGCAAACUGACUCUGUGGUUAAGAAUGAGGGAAUCACUGGAGAUGUCGAUGUGAUCUACUCUCCUGUUACCCCAGCCCUACAUCACAACUCCAAAGGACUUCCAAUAAGACUGGGUGAAGUGGAUUGUCCCUUCUACCUGAAAACUGGCAGUUGUAAGUAUGGUGCCACUUGCCGCUAUAAUCAUCCUGAGAGGACCGCGAUCAAUCCACCUGCAGCUGCAAUAGGCCAUCCAAUUGUAGCUCCUUCUUUGGCAAAUCUGAACUUUGGAGUUUUCAAUCCAGCUGCCUCUAUAUAUCAAACUAUUGACCCCAGAUUGUCUAUGCUGGGAGUGGGACCGACCUUCUACCCUCAACGACCUGGACAGACAGAAUGUGAUUUCUACAUGAAGACUGGUGAGUGUAAGUUUGGGGAGAGAUGUAAGUUUCAUCACCCUAUUGAUCGUUCUGCACCAACAGAAAAGCAAAUUCAACAGCAGACUGUGAAGCUCACUCUUGCAGGAUUGCCUAGAAGAGAGGGUGCGGUUCACUGUCCAUACUAUAUGAAGACUGGCGCGUGCAAGUAUGGUGCAACAUGCAAAUUUGACCACCCGCCUCCUGGAGAGGUCAUGGCCGUUGCCACAUCUCUUGAUGCAGCAGUGCUAGGAGCUGAGGUUGGAACUUCCCAAGCACAGUAGAAGGGAGGUUCCGGCCAUAGAUUAUUAAAGGGAAGAAGAUCCUUUCGCCGGCCUUUGUUCUCUGUACCAAACUGAGCAGAAUAUGAUGAAAAAAAGUUAAUGUAAUAUAAGUGUUCACUAAUGAACUAGAGAAGCUUUGUUGUUGUAUUUCAAUUGUAUUGCAAGUCUUCACAAGUUUGAGUGGUUAGGCCAUCAUAAUUUUUAAGUUAA